GGAAGAGGGAUCGAUGUGGAGGUAGAGGCACUCGUCCCCGUUGGAGCAGUAGCCGUUGCGGACGAAGAAGUUGCAUUCGGGCAUCUUGCGGAGGUUGUACUCGUGGAGGAACUCGCAGGUUAGGCCCUUUUUGCAGAGGCCGCGGAGCCAGUGUUUGCAGACUAGGGAACCGAAGCCGCCGGUGUUGUUGUUGUUGGGUUGGGAUUGUUGUUGGUCGCCUGAGGAGAGGUUGCUGCUGGGUGGGGGGAGGGAGUGUUGGUAGGUUUUUUGGAGGAAGGGGGUGAAGGUGAAGGUGUAGGGGGUGGGUGUGUGGGUUAGGAGUUGUUUGGCUGGGGGCGGGAGGAACGCCAUGGUGAUGGUGGGUGGUGAUCUUUGCGAUCAGUUAUUAUUGUGGUGGUGAGGGAGUGGCCGUUAUGGACGAUCUAUUGUUGGUAGUUUGUGCUCUGGUCACUUCGUUGUUUUGUGCAACUUGUUGUAUUGGUUUCGUUCGAUAUUGCGAGGGCCGCCGAGGUGGGUGCAAAUUUCUUCGUUGAACAGUUGCGCGAAAAGUGGUGGUUCAAAAGUUGGAAAAAAGCCAAGUUUGGUCUUCAAGGUUCGCAAGCAACGGCGCGUCUGGCGAUAAGAUGGAUCGACGUCGCUUCCUCACCGAGAGCUCCACGGUGUGCAGCCAAUCAGCUGCCGGAAUCCACAACCUCGGUUCGGCCCCUGCCCCGCGAACUGAACCCUGGCAAAGCCGUCUUACCAAUGAAUCAGGGACCAUUGACAGGACGACGGCGAUGGAAGACCAUUUCCGAGGUUCUUUUUUGAUCAAGUAUUUAGCGUAGCAUUGGUGUCUUUUAUAUAUAUAUAUAACAUCCUCCCACAGCGACUCUAAUACUACUUCUUGCUUACAUUUCGGAUACCCUUCCUUCAUCUUGCUUCUGUUUGCCCCCGCGACCUCACCUUGCCCCCCCGUGCACGUGCCUGUUCGUCUUACAUCUACAAUCAUGAAGGGAAUCCAAGUGUCGGCCUAUGUCAAGGCUCCUGGUGAGCUCAAGGUCACAGAGCUUGCUGAUCCCAAGCCUGCCGCAGACGAGUACCUCAUCGAGGUCCACGCCGCGGCAACCAACUUCUUUGAUAUCCUGCAAAUUCAGGGCAAAUACCAGCACCAACCUCCUUUCCCAUGGGUUUCUGGUGCUGAAUUCGCCGGAGUCGUGCUGGCCACGCCUUCCGGGUCCAAGAACCCCAAGUUCCCCGUCGGCUCCAAGGUCUUCGGAGCCACCCAGGGGUCAUAUGCCACCAAGUGUGUCGCAAAGGAGGUUUCCAUGCUUCCCGUACCCAAGGGAUGGUCUUUCAACCAGGCUUCCGGUCUGUUCGUAACAGCCCCCACCAGCUACGGCGCCCUCGUCCUCCGUGCUGGCGUCAAGGCGGGUGAUUACGUUCUUGUCCACGCCGCUGCCGGUGGUGUCGGUCUUGCUGCUGUUCAAGUCGCCAAGGCAUACGGCGCGACAGUCAUCGCCACGGCGGGCACUGCCCGCAAGCUGGAGGUUGCCAAGUCCUUUGGCGCUGAUCAUGUCGUUGACUACCGCGAUGAGAAUUGGCCCCAGAUUGUCAAGAAAUUGACGCCUAAGGGCCGUGGUGUUGACAUUGUCUAUGACCCUGUCGGCAUGGUUGACAAGAGUACUAAGUGUAUCGCUUGGAACGGCCGCAUUCUCAUUGUUGGCUUUGCCGCUGGUACUAUCGAGAAGGUGGCUAUGAACAAGGUCUUGCUCAAGAAUAUCAGCUUGGUCGGUAUUCACUGGGGCAUGUAUGAGAAGAUGGAGACUAAAUCGGUCCCCAAGGUGUGGGAGGGCAUCAUGAAGUUGAUUGCCGAGGGCAAGUUCAAGGGAACUGAGUUCACAGACAAGGAGUUUGUCGGACUCGAGUCUGUGCCAGAUGCGCUCAAGGCGCUCGGGAGCAGGGAAACCUGGGGCAAGGUUGUUGUCAAGAUUCCCCAGGAGGGACAAAACAAACUACGCAUCCUCCUCCGCUCUGGUGCCGGCCUGUCAGUAGCAGCUGUAACAACGGGCGUGUUUACCAAGACGCGGACCACCCUGUACCAAUCCGAACUCCAACAGACGAUAGGCAAGCAGCAACAGCGGAGGAACAUGCACAGCAAAGUAGUCAUCAUCGGCUCCGGGCCGGCCGCCCACACCGCGGCCGUUUACCUUGCCCGCGCCGAGUUGAAGCCCGUCCUAUACGAAGGCUUCAUGGCCAACGGCGUUGCCGCCGGCGGGCAGCUCACCACGACGACCGAAAUCGAAAACUUCCCCGGCUUCCCCAAGGGCAUCAUGGGCGGCGAGCUCAUGGACCGGAUGCGCGAGCAGUCGGAGCGCUUCGGCACCGUCAUCGUCAGCGAGACGGUCGACAAGCUGGACCUCUCGUCGAGGCCGUUCAAGUACGCCACCGAGUGGUCCCCGGACGAGAUCCACACGGCCGACGCCAUCAUCCUUGCCACGGGGGCCUCGGCCCGCAGGCUUGGGCUGCCGGGGGAGGACAAGUACUGGCAGAACGGGAUCUCGGCCUGCGCCGUGUGCGACGGGGCGGUGCCCAUCUUUAGAAACAAGCACUUGGUUGUCAUCGGGGGUGGUGACUCUGCGGCGGAGGAGGCGAUGUUCUUGACCAAGUAUGCUAGCCAUGUUACUGUGCUGGUGAGGAAGGACAAGUUGAGGGCUAGCACGAUCAUGGCGAAGAGGUUGCUGGGGCAUCCCAAGGUUACGGUCAAGUUUAAUACUGUGGGUGUGGAGGUUAAGGGGGAUGACAAGGGGCUGAUGAGCCAGCUGGUGGUCAAGGAUGUUGUUUCUGGGAAUGAGGAGACGCUGGAGGCGAAUGGGCUUUUUUAUGCCAUUGGUCACGAUCCUGCCACCAAGAUUGUCAAGGGUCAGCUGGAGACUGAUGAGGAGGGUUAUGUCAUCACCAAGCCUGGCACUACGCUGACCAGUGUUGAGGGCGUGUUUGCUGCUGGUGAUGUGCAGGAUAAGAGGUACAGGCAGGCCAUUACCAGUGCAGGAACUGGUUGCAUGGCUGCUCUCGAUGCUGAAAAGUUCCUGUCCGAGAUGGAGGACACGACAGCUGAGCACAAGGCCGGGAAGGAGGGGAACCUGUAGAAGUUAUAUAGAGGUUAGACGUCAUUUUUAGCGGCAGCCUUUUUUGAAUGGAGAUACCACUGUUUUUGGCGGUCUGUCAGGAUAUA